UUUUACUUUUCUAGUAAAAUUUUAAAGUGAUGUUAUUUGUGUAAUGUGAUCUUCACCAACUGUGUUAUCCAAAGAGUAUGUUUAAAGCUAGUUACUAAAAGCUUGAUCUUAACCUUUAGAGAUUAAGAUAAAGAGUCCAGUCCUCUAUCCUUCAUAACUUUUUUGUCUUCUUGUAAGAUUUGAUUUUAACAAUACCUGUUCCACGUGUUCUCAAGGGACAGAAGCAGUCAGUAGUUGAGAAGUGGUUGGCCAGCUGCUUACUAUUGUUCUGAGCUGAUUAUUUUCACUCUGAAGUUGUUCUACCAAGUGAAGUUUAGGCUGCCUGUUGGCUGAUGGCUGAUGGUAGUUUUUUUGUCUUAGCGAAUCUUUUUAGGUAAUGAACUGAGGGGUAAAGAGAGUGCAUGGCAAGUCUGCUGUCACAUGCAAAUACUUAGAAAUGUGACUAAUUGUUUUUCUGGAGCCUGGUGUACUUGUUUUGGAUGGUAGCACAAAACCCCAAACCUUUGGUUAAACAUAUCUAACUUGUAUGCAGCUUAAUGUGACUGGCAAGAAACCUCUUUUUUCUUUAAUAUUUUUGUGGCUUUUCGGCACACCUUCUUUAAUUCUUAAAUUGGUUUCCUUUGGAGCUUUAAAAAAAAAAAAUUUAAAAAUCCUCUCAUAAGAUAGAGGAUGAAAAAAAAUCAGGAAUCAGUUGUAAAAACACCUAAAAUAAGCUUUUCACUUUAAUUAUGUUCCUUAAGUAAAAAGUGUCUGGAAAUGAUUAGACCAUGGCUUUUAGUGUUUAGUGCUUGGCUGGUUUUGCAGUGAAAAAUGCAAAGUUAAGUGCUCCAAAGUUUUUGGUGGGUUUUUUUUCCUUCUAUAAAAUAUACAAAAGUUAGUUACAACUUAAUAAUGUUAACCAGGUUUGUUUGUAACUCUGGAAUUAAUGGUGUUCUUUGAAGAGAGAGUAUCUCCUAUUUUCAAGUAACUUAGUGGUGCAGUGUCUUCAGAGUCUGAGUAGGGCUGGUGCUGUAAUUUAUUUGCAUAUAAAGUACCUUUAUUGCUGUUCUUGCUAUAGGAUAAUGAUUCUCUGCUUUCUGUCCAGAUUUGGCUGUGACUUGGUGCAUGGGUGUCAUUACACCUAAAGCUGCAUCAGCAGCUCUGUAGGGUUUGGCUUUGGGUUUUCUUGGUCAGCAUAAACGUGGGCACAUUUCAGUGUUUUGUGGGAGCCUCUGUGCUUCUGCUCAGUGUGUGGGGUGUGGGCAGGGGUGAAGGCAAUGUUGUCCUGCCUCAGAUUUCCACAUUAGUGAGUGUGUUUGACUGGAGCCUACAAGAAGGAAGGCACACGCCUACACAAACUGUGUUUCCUUUAGUCAAGGAUAUAUACCACACUGAUAGUUCAGCUCUUCUCUUUGUGUUUUGUGCUAAUCUUUUAUACUGACAAAAUUCAUACUUUGAAGGUACUGCUAAUUUUUUAAUUUGACAUAGUAAAGCUAGUAAUUAAUGUCAGCAGACUUGAAAAAAAUGCUUAGAAUUCUAAAAUUAUAUCAAGUCUUGAAAUCUGAAGACUUCAGUGAGGGCUGAAAGUCCCUGUGCCUAAAGGAGUGAUGCAAAGGGAAUGUAAUUUGUCUGAUCCUUGAAAACCUACUCACUGAAGUAGCUGUGCUCCUUAGUGUGUGUGUGUGUAUGCAGGUGGAAUCCUUGGCAGCACAUGCCCUUCCUUUGAAUGGUGUAUGUUGAGAACACAAGGCUUAAGGACCUAAUAUUUAAAAAAAAAAAAAGGAAGCAAAUGAAUAAAUUAAUUUAAAACAUCAAGCAUGAAGUCUGCAGUCAGGCAUGCAAGUCAGGCAAGGACAGAAUAAUUGCUUUCUCUUAUGUAUUGACAGAACAGAGAUGGGCUUGUGGGCACAGUGAUGUAUCUUCAAAGACACAGUGGUGUGAGUUUAGUUCUCUAUCCAUGAGAUAGUUAUUAUUGGGCAGUGUGGGGUUUUAAUGUCAGUAGAUGCAACACUCAGAUAUUUAAGUCCUGAAGCUUUCAAUACCUAAGACUUGUCAAUGUUAAACCGUUAGUGCCAAAGGGAUUGACUGAGAAGUUAAAGAAAGCCAAGGUUACUUCUUCCAGUUCUGGUAACGUCACCUUGGACAAAAAACACCAUUUCAGAGUGCAGAGAUACCCUUUUUUAUUAAAGGUGAUUAACUUAUCCGAGACCAUUGUGAUUAAAACCUCUAACUGCAUGUUUGGGGAGAGAAGGGAGGGAGAAAUGUGAUGUGGCUGAUGUGCCUCUGUUUAUCAAAACAGAGGCAGCAAAGUUAGCUGAGGUAUGGGAAUGGACUUGGGGUGUGUGCACUGCAUUGCCAUGUGGUGAGAAGGUGCCCUUUUGCUGCCUAAACUGCAGUGCCUCAGAGGAUGGCUGAUUCUCUGUAUCACUUUUUGUUGUCUUGCAUCCAGGGUAGUGUGUUUUAUGCUGUCAGUGUCACCUGUAUUAACCUUUAAGCUACUCCCUUUUAAAAACAAAAUGAAAAACAUUAAAAUAGAACCCAGAUUCUAUUGUUCAUGCUCAAAAGGUUCAGCCAAGUCCUUUGUCAGAAGACUCUAGUCUGGUAGUGGCACACCAGAGGUAAUUGCUGGAAGCUGAAGAUGAACUAGGAAGUUGGAAUAGGUGCAAAUAAACAUAAUUGCUUCAACACACAACUAAAGAAAAAGUUGAGUUCUUCUCUAAGAUUGAAAGCCUUUUUGAAGGCAGUGUUAGACAGCAGGGGUCAUUGUAGAUAAGUAGUGACUGGAUGGAUACUGGAUGGAUACUGGAUGGAUAAAUAAUGACUCAUGAUGUUCAGGCAUAUGGUAUCCAGUUAUUCCUUCUGGUGUUCAGAGACUCCUGGGUUAAUGAAAUUGUUCCACCUUUACAGUUUGGUCAGUAGAGCAGACGAGGAAAAUGGUGUGGGCUUAGUCUUUUUUCUGCACCAUUCUUCCUCAGUGUCAAGAGACUGAGAAGAGGAGACAGGACCAUCAUUCCUUAGGAUCCCACAGGUCCUUUAAGGAAUCUGAAGACAGUGGAUCUGUGAGGGCCUGUCAGCAAGCCUCAGUGCCCAUUCCAAGAAUUCUCCAGUACUGAAGAGAAGGAAAGAGGAAAAAAACCCACUAAAACAACAAAACCAGUUUUGUUGUCUGUCUCCCUUGCUGGCUUCAGUGCUGGCUGAAUGAUCAGCAGUGAAGCUGCCCUUAUGCCAAGACUAUGACAUGGUCCUCUUAAGCUCUGGUGCAGAAUCAGUCUGUUCUCAGCCUGCUUCUGGUGAAACUUGAAGGGGAGGAAUCUGUAUCCUCAUCUCCAUCUUGGGAAGUCUUCAGUCAUUCCUUUUUCUGUGUUGGAACACAACCUUUUGGAACUGAAGAUGGGAUCUCAAGGAUUUCUAGGAUUGUUCUCGCUACUCUGCAGGUUAUCAGGUAGCACUGAUUUCAAGUGAUAGUGUCAAAGUAAGACUUGAAUGAAGGCUGCAUUCAAUCUGCCUUGUGCCCAGCUAUCCCAUUAAUGCAUGUUACACAAGCAAGGAUUUGGCACAGACAUCCUAUUUCAUGGCUACCAACAGUCUUCACCUUACUACGUUCUGUCUUCAGUACAAGCCCACAGUGAUAGCAUGUGUGUGCAUUCACUUGGCCUGCAAGUGGUCCAACUGGGAGAUUCCAGUGUCAACCGAUGGGAAACACUGGUGGGAAUAUGUAGAUCCUUCAGUUACUCUAGAACUGCUGGAUGAGCUAACUCAUGAGUUUCUGCAGAUACUGGAGAAAACACCCAGCAGGCUCAAGAGAAUUCGAAAUUGGCGGGCAAAUCAGGCAGCUAGGAAACCUAAAGGUGAUGGACAGGUAUCUGAGAACUCACUUCUUGGUUCAUCUUUGGUCCAGAAUUCCAUUUUGGUGGAUACAGUGACUGGUGUAGCUGCAAACACAAGUUUCCAAAAACCAUCAACAUCAUUUCCCGCACCAGUACCUCUGACCUCAGGAAGUAUUUCUGUUCCAGACAGUCAUGCACCUGAAAAUUUGGCAAUAUUAGCUACAGGAAUGCCAAGUACCUCAUAUAGUUUGGCAUCACACCAGGAAUGGCCUCAGCACCAAGAGCAAACACGGACAGAACAAAUAUACUCUCAGAAGCAGGAAACGUUGCCUGCGAGUCAGUACAACAUGAACUUCCAGCCGGGGACAUCUGUACAGAUGCACUCUGGAGUACAUCACAGACCUGACAAACUUGCUGAGCAUUCUGCUGUCAAACAAGAGUAUUCUCAUAAGUCAGGAAACAAACACCACGGACAAGUCACUGCUCCUGUAAUAAUUCCUCAGAAAAUGUCUUUGGAUAAAUACAGGGAGAAGCGCAAACUAGAGACCCUUGAACUAGAUGUCAGAGAACACUAUGUAGCAACCCCGGGCGAGCAGCAGCAUAAAAAGCACCUGCAGCCACAGCCGGCCAGCAGCUCUUCUGUUACAUCUCCCAUUAAAAUGAAAAUUCCCAUUGGGAACGCGGAGAAGCCCGAAAAACACCUGUCUGAUAAGAAGGAAAAGGGUGGCUCGCUCAAACUGCGCAUACCCAUCCCGCCCACAGAAAAGGGGGCCAGCAAGGAGGAGCUGAAAAUGAAAAUCAAGGUUUCUUCCUCAGAAAGGCACAGCUCGUCGGACGAGGGGAGCGGCAAGAGCAAGCACUCGAGUCCCCACGUCAGCAAAGAGCACAAGGACAAACACAAGGAGCACUCGCUGAACCGCCACCAUGGCGUGGGCCACAAGCACUCCCACGCCCACGGGGGUGGCGGCAAACAUGGCACUGACGGAGUGACACCAACUGUGUUGAGGAGUCCCGUUGGCCUGAGUAGUGAUGGCAAUUCCUCUAGUUCCGGCUCUUCGAGAAAGAAGUUGCACAGCAACGAUGCUUCUCACAACCACCACUCCAAAAUGAGCAAAAGUUCCAAAAGUUCAGGUAGUUCAUCUAGUUCUUGCUCUGUUAAGCAGUAUGUAUCCUCUCACAACUCUGUUUUUAACCUACCCUUACCCCCUCCUCCCCCUGUCACAUACCAGGUGGGCUACGGACAUCUCAGCACCCUCGUGAAACUGGACAAGAAACCAGUGGAGAACGGUCCUGAUGCCCAUCCCCAGUACAGUACAAACAGCCAGCAUAUGGACUACAAAGACACAUUCGACAUGCUGGAUUCGCUGUUAAGUGCCCAAGGAAUGAACAUGUAGUCAGUUCUUAGGUUGUUUUUCUUUACCUUUUUUUUGUUGCCUUUUUUUUCUUUUUUUUUUUAUUAAUUUAAGAAUUGUUAGAAUGGAAAACUUCCUAAUAUAGCAGUGGCAACACCAGCUGUUGCUGCCGUGGUUUCAGUAUAUGUAAGUGCUGCUUUAUCCUUCACUCUGAGAAGAAGAGGUAUAGUAAACAAGUCUUUAUCUCCACAUAUGAUAGUGUUAUAAAUACUGUAAUAGCAUGGAAGGUGCAAAACUCUCAGUAUUUCUACGACUGCAGCUGAGAACAGUAGGAUGAACGCCCGCUUUUAGGUGCUUAGGAUGCCUCGAGCAUUGGUUAUUUAUGAUUUUCAAUACUGCAGCCACAACUUUUUGUUGCCUAGUUUUUGGAUGAGUGUCAUUGUUUUCUUGUGUAUUUAUACUGUAUGUAUGAUUUGCAUGUUUCAAAGAUAAAGGGAUUAAAAACAGUAUACUGACAACUGUUUACAAGGAAGUGGAGAAAAAUGUACAUACAUUUUUGUAUGUUUAGAUAUACCAUAAAUACUCAGGAUUGGAGCUGCUUGUAAGUGUAACAGAAUACACAUUAUUUUAUCUUGCCAGAGUCCAUCAGUUACUCAAACAAAGAUGGCACUUUGUCUUGUUUAUCUUUAAACUGUAGGCCUUAUCGGAAGCCGCUUAAAAGGGACACUUCACUGGAGGAGCAUCCAGGACCAAGUAGGGUCAGCACCACACAGUAUUAGCAGGGAGGCAGGAAAGGGGGUAGGCUCUGCCCACUCACUAUGGCCACACCUCAGAAAUGUCCCUAGAUUUCUGAAGGAAAAAGGAAUUAAAAUAAAAGUUUACAUAAUCUUUUGAUGUGAAGUGCAUUUAAAUGUUUAUUGGCUUGAUGCAGUAAAGUAGACACAGAGCUGUUAAUAAUGGUUAUGUAGAGUAACGUGACUUAACUGCAAUUCAGAGCUGUCAUUGUGGGAAAAUCAUCUUUUUUUUUUAAAGAAAAAAUAAAUCAUAAUUUAUUCUAAUAGUGAGCAGGGGUCACUGUUCCCGUUACCAUUUCAGAAUAAUACCCACGUUCUGAAAUCCAAAAAGUGUACUUGUGUGUGAUGCCAUAUUUCUUUUACAGGUGAAUGCAGUCUUCACAGUAAAUAAGAAUAAAACUAUUGAUAUCCCAGCUUUAUAUUCCAACAAUAAAAUAGUUACCAGUGAUUCUGUGCAUUGUACUUGUCAUUAGUUACCAAAUUGGAAGAGGCUUGUUCUGGUUUUUUCAGCUCUGGGGGGGUUAGAAAACCCCUCAGUGUCCCAGUUAAACCACUGGCAUCCAUUUAAUCUGCCUGCAAGUGUCAGGGCUCGGCUGCUCUUCCCAGGGGCUUUGCCUGCAGGAGGAAUGACGGGUGUGAAUGUCCUUGUGUUCUCCAAGCCAGUACUGCAGCUCAGCCGCCUGGAGAGCAGAGAACUGACUUUCUGGGUUGUUACUCAAACUUUUCAUAAGCUAUGAAGUACCUCAACAUGAACUCAGUAGAUUUCUAGUAGCAACAGCCAGUUUUCCAUGACUUCUUUUGACUUGGAAGUGACCAUGAUGUGAACUUUUGCUAAGCCGCCUCAUUCCCUCAGUGCUCCUUUAACUCUGUAAGUCCCCAAGGAACAUCUGCAGCUUUGCCCUUCCAGUUCUUUACUCACCUGUGCUUUACAUGAUAAAACUGUUCAAUCUCAGCCCGGUUGGUAGUUGCUGUAUGAUGUAACUACAGGUAUAUCAAUUACUAUGUAAUACUCUGUUUCCAGUAAUGCAAACGCUUGUAAUUACUUGAAUAAGUUUUAUUUGAACUAUGGAUACUUUUUUUACACUUUAAGGAAUAUUUAAAUGGAAACCUGAUUGCAUUUUCUGCUAUAUCUUAUCUUAAGUCAAGGCUCGUGUACAAAAUCCAAAGCUGUCUUAUCCCUACUGACUUGGUUAUUUUUCUACAUUGGGAAUGUAACUUCUUGUUACAAACUUCUGCAUUGUUGGAUAUUUUCUAUCCUUUUAUAGUCCCUUUCCUUUCCAUCUCAGUGCUACUCUUGGGUCUGAUUUGUAACCAAUGUAAUCUGCAUUAUAUACUGUCCUAAACCAGAGCCUGGGCAGAGAGAUGACAUAGCAGGAAACUGUCUUAAUUUGUCUUUGAAGCACUACAGUACUUUCUUUUUGAGUCUGUUUAAAUAGGUGUGCCCUGAAAUGCAUCUUAUACAGCCACUCUGGAUAAGCAAUAUAUUGUACUGUAUAUAUAGCAGUUUCUGUCACAACCUGGAGUUAAAGUGUCUGGAUGGUAACUAGUGCCUGUCUAAUAUACAUUGGAAUGAGCAUAGGCCUUCCUCCUAAGGUGCUGUUUCAAAAGAAUUAUUUCCUGUUUUGAUUCUGGGAAAUUGUGAAAUAAUAGUGGACAAAAUGUUGCUAUGCUACAUUGAGAUCCAAACAGUGGGUUUUGGUUUCUCUGUAAAGGAUGUCCAUAAAACUCAUGGGGUUUGUUUUUCAAUGUCAUUGUAAAUAGGUGAAACUGUACGUGUCAUUGUGUUUGGAACUGAAUUCCACCACUGAAAUCAGUGGUGAUCCCUGGGGCUGAGAGGGAGGGAGAGGAGAUGCAGCCAGGUGCCACUAGUUUGCCCUGACUGAAAUUAGUGACUGGUGUGAAUGGCAGCCUGGCUGAGGGGUGGGAAGGAAUGAAAACUGACGGGAUCGGCAUUGGCCUCACACGGGAAUGACUGAAUAAAUGCAAUAAAAGGCUCAAAGUCAACACUGUUCCUUUGUUCAUCACUUAUUACAGCUUUUUUGUUAUAAAUUUGAGUACAAGAAUUAUAUAAUUUGUAAAAUGACACUGUAGUGGAGACCUUGGUACAACACUAUUAAAAAUCCUCCCUGUUUGUGAGAUCUGAGGUUUGUAGAAUAGUGAAAUUCUUUCGUAUGUUGAAUCUUGGUCUGUUCCUGAUGGUGGGAGUGCUGGGCUAAUGUAUCUCACUGUGAGCUGGGUCUUGGCUAUUUGCAUAACAUGGCAGUUCUGUACAUUCUUCUGGCUAAUUGUAAAUAUAAAUGUUUCAUAAUAGCUUAGUUGCAUUUUUGAGGUACAGCCAUUUGUGUGAGAUUAGAAAAAACUUUAUUUCUAAGAACUUGUAAAAAAAAAAAAGUAUUUUCAAUAAAAUUCCCUACCUCACCUCUAUUGU